AUGAGUAAAUUUGUUGCAGACUCUGAACCACCAAUUUCUAUUCUAUUAUCUUCAAAGGAUAGUUAUUUUAAAGAUUUAACUGAUGUUGAACAAAAGUAUGCUCAUUAUUUAUCGGUUGCUUCUCAUUUUGGUACCAGAAUUACGUUAAGACAAGUUUCAUUGGAAAGUGAAUUGAUCUUUGAUCUUAUUCUAUAUAUCCACAAAUCAUUGAAUGGUGAUUACCCAAAUGAACCUGAAAAGGAUGUUAAAAAUUAUUUGGAUUAUGUUUCUCAAUUUUUAUCGAAUUUAGGUAACUACAAAUCAUUUGGUGAUACUAAAUUUAUUCCAGGUUUCCCAAAAUCAUUUUUAACUGAUGUUUUAUUGCCAAAGGUUAAUCUUUCAAUUGAUGAUGAUAAAAUAUGGUCUAGCUUCACAAACUUCUAUAAUGAAUAUCAUAAAGUUUAUUUCAAAACUUUAAAUGAUUUGAUUGACAUUGGUAUGUUUGGUUUAAAUGGUGAUUUAUCUCAAUUAGGGUAUCCUGAUAAAGGUUUCACUUCAUCUUAUUACUUAAUCAAGGAUGAUAAAUUUAAAAUAUCUCAAGAGGAUAUGGCUUUAUUAAAGUCGAAUGUUUUCACAAAAUUGAAUAUUUUACCUGAAAACACUAGAAUUGAAAAAACUAGUGACGUUGACUUCACUAUUUGGGUUGCCUCCUCUAUUGUAGAAAAUACUGUCUCAGAUGAAUAUCCAACUAAUCAAAUUACCUUCAGUGCAGAUGGUAAGACCUACGGUGUUCAAUUCAAAUUUGGUGAUCAUUCAAGAGAAAUGGAGAAAAUUGCUGAACAUUUGAAACUGGCUAAAAAUUAUUCAGCUAACGAAACUCAAUCUAAAAUGUUAGAUCAGUACAUCUACUAUUUUACUACUGGUUCUUCAAAUGCUCACAAAGAAUCUCAAAAGUUAUGGGUCAAGGAUUUAUCUCCAAUCGUUGAGACUAAUAUUGGUUUCAUUGAAACUUACAGAGAGCCUUCGGGUAUUAUUGGUGAAUGGGAAGCACUAGUUGCUGUCCAAAAUAAAGAUCGUACUGCAAAGUUUUCAAAAAUGGUUGAUAAUGCAAAAAAUUUUAUAAAGUUAUUACCAUGGGGUCAAGAUUUUGAAAAAAAUGUAUUUAAUCCACCAGAUUUCACCUCAAUAGAAGUUUUGACAUUUACCGGUUCAGGUAUUCCAGCUGGUAUCAAUAUUCCAAACUACGAUGAUGUCAGAAUAAAUGUGGGUUUCAAAAAUGUCUCCUUGGGAAACAUCUUAAGUGCCGCCACUAAAUCCACAGAUAAAUACCCACCAACAUUUAUCUCUGAACAAGAUAUGCCAAUCUAUAAGAAGUGUCAAAAUGAAUCGUUUGAAGUUCAAGUUGGUAUUCAUGAAUUAUUGGGUCAUGGUACAGGGAAGUUGUUAAGUGAAAUUGAAUCAGGCAAGUAUAAUUUUGAUUUUGAAAACCCCCCAUUAGGAUUGGAAGGGAAUCCAAUUAGAACAUAUUAUAAAUUAGGUGAAACCUGGAGUUCUAAAUUCGGUAGUAUUUCAGGUGCAUUUGAAGAAUGUCGUGCAGAAUUGGUAGCAAUGUAUUUGAUUACCAAUCGUGAGCUAUUAGAAAUAUUUGGAUACAAGACUAAAGAAGAGCAAGAUAAUAUCAUUUACAUCGGAUAUUUACAAAUGGCUAGAGCAGGUUUCAUGGCAUUGGAAUUCUGGUCACCUGAAACCGGUAAAUGGGGUCAGCCACAUAUGCAAGCUAGAUUUUCAAUAAUGAAAACAUUUUUGAUGCACUCGAAUAAUGAAAACUUCUUGAAAAUUAUUACUGAUAAUGAUGCUAACCCAACUGAUUUCCAUUUAGAUUUGGACAUAUCUUUAAUUGAAAGCACAGGUGUUGAGUGUGUUGGUGAUUUCUUAAAACAUUUACAUGUCUAUAAAUCAACAGCUGAUGUUGAAAAUGGUACGAAAUAUUUUACCGACAGAUCUACAGUUCCACCAUCCUUAGCAAAAUUCAGAGAUAUUGUAAUUAAGAAAAGAUUACCAAGAAGACAAUUUAUCCAAGCAAACACAGAAGUUAUUAAUGAUAAAGUUACCGUUAAGGAUUAUGAAGAAACUCCAAUUGGUAUGAUUAAAUCAUUUAUUGAAAGAAAUGUUUGA